AUGGAGCGGUUGUGCUUCUUUUUCAGUAAACGAGAUCUAGCCGAACUUCAACUGGAACACGAACUUGUCAAUGAACAGAUUAAGGGUCACCGCCUACGUAUCGUUCAUAUCAUUCACGAACUAGGAAGCAAAGUCCCUCUCGUUGUAUUUAUUCAUGGACUAGGCGGACAGGUAGCACAGUGGGAGCGUCAGAUAAAGUAUUUCUCACAAACCGCGCAUGUGUUGGCCGUCGAUCUAUUGGGUUGUGGCAAGAGCGAGGUAGAAUCAAGUUGGCACUCAUACACCACAGCGUCUCUGGUAGACGACAUCAAAUCAUUACUUUUAGAUCGCUACCACUAUCCUUCCACUGUCAUCGUUGCUCACUCUUACGGAUGUUCAAUUGCCACCUAUGUCGCCUCAUCACCAGAAGUUCAGAAAAGUCUCAAAGCCCUCGUUUUAAUAUCGCCAAAGGAAGGAUUGUCACAAGCACACAAGGAAAAUGUUAAACGACUUCGCUGGAUUCCAAACUCUCUGUUUGACUUUGCGAGAGUGGCAGAUCGUAAAGGUGGACUCUACAGCAAAAGUGUCGAACGAUUUCUGGGAUUACAUGCAGAAGAUCAAUAUCGCAGAUGGCAAUUGCGAUGGAACUUGCAGAGUCGGACCUCGGUUUACAAGCGGUUCGUCCAUGGUGCGACUUUUCCCGAUGUCAGCAUAUACCAAAAGAUCAAAGUGGGCGUGUUAUUAAUAGGUGGCAGUGAGGACAAAAUAACGCCGCCCAAUGAUAUGAAUAUUAUCCGCAACCAUUUAUUAGGGCUGGACCCCAGUGAAACAGAGUGGAGCAAUAUUGAUCAGGCAGAAAACUUGCGUGUGCCAGUACCUUAUGUGAUUCCCGAUGUGAGCCAUAUGCCUAUGGUGGUCAAACCAGAAUUAGUCAAUCCUGUCAUGUCGGAUUUUCUGAUCAAGAAUUGCGGACUCCACACACUGAGCGGAGCUUGGCAAGUGCUGAAUCGUACCAAGGGUGAGAAUAAAUGGGAUCUCAAAAAUUAUGAAAAGUGGGCACGUACGCCUAAUAUUACAGCGAUUCCUAUUGGCCCUUCUCAGUUCCGCGCCAUGAAAGUGAUGCGUCAAACCGAUCCUCAUCAUUGUCCCUCUGCUUUUCUCGCGAAAUACCCUGAAAUCGGCUUUAUUAUCGAUAUCUCCAAUGAUUCACCGCCUUACCGAACCACUGAUUUCGAAAACUCGCGGAUUGAAUAUAUCAAAAUAAGGACCGUGUCGAAAAUUCCACCAACCCGAGAAGACGUCGAACGAUUUAUUGCCACCGUCGACGCGUGUAGAGAGAAACGGCCGGAUAUGCAAAUUGCUGUGCAUUGUCAUUACGGAUUUAAUCGAACGGGAUUCUUUAUUUGCUGUUACAUGAUUGAACGACUCGGCGUCUCAGUUCCUGAUGCGAUCCGCUAUUUUGCUGAAGCGCGAGCACCAGGUAUACGUCAUUUGCAUUUUAUAGAUGAGCUGUAUCUACGCUAUGUAUUACAUAAAUGA